CCUUCGGUUUCUUUCUUCUCAUCUCUUCAUUUUCUUCCCUCCUUCAACACCAAACCGACUAGAUCGCUCUCCUCCCUGCUGAUAAAGUUCUGCCACGCGCCAGACACCCCAAUUGCAUUUACCGUCAAACAUACAAAAAGCCACAGGCGCCCAAAAGUCUAUACCACCCUUGAUACCCGUCGCUAGCGCGUACCGCACACACCCCAGCUUUAUCAUCACAGGCGAGGAGGAGAGCUCAACCACCAAACUUCUUUUUCCCUCCUACACAUAUUUUGGUCCACCACCGCCCACACCAACAAACGAGCUUCGGACCUUUUCGGAAUCACCACCCCAGCACAUCUUUCGAGACCUUUUCCACUCGACUCAUUUUAUAUACCCUCAAAAUGUUCGCUACCAGAGUCCUCCGCCAGGCCGCCGCCCACGCCGAGCGUACCCCGAGCAUCAAGUUCCUCGGCCGCCGCUCCAUUCCUUCUUCCAUCGACCACAGCCCCGCGCCUCACCCAGCUUCGCCCACCGGCAAGCUUCCCGCCAACUUUGGCAACGGCUCCGCCUCCCCCAAGCACACCAGCUUCAGCUCCUACCGCGACCACGCCCAGCAGCACGGCCCCCUCCAGCGCACCAUCGGCUCCGGCGUAGGCGGCUCUACCGGCCACCAGCUCGGCUCCGUCGUUCCCCCCUCUGGCGUCGCUUUCGACCGCUCCGAGCUCCCUGCCCGUUUCCGCCGCCAGCCCCUCGACAUGGCUGAGAUUGAGGCUGUCGAGUCCGGCGGCGCUGCCCUCUUCGGCUGAGUGUGAUGUCGGAACGAUGAACGGAAAACGGAACGCGCCCUUGUUGCCUAACGGUCAAGGGAGACAUUAUUUACCAUGACAUCCGCGGGCUGGACUACGAAAACAUGAGCGACGAUGGCGCGGAGACGAGGAAGAGACGGAACGGGUGGGGAGAGUUGGGCGAGGUUCACAAAAGUAGGCGAUGACAAACACGUGUGUACGAAACGGCGAGACCACAGCGACGGUGGACAUCUCACCCUCCGCGUAGGCCGUCGACCACAAAAGCCCCCGGGAUUGGGGCCUUCGGCAGGACACGGAACAGUCGGCAAUAUUGAUUCGUCACGGCACGCUCGUGACCCAACGGCAAGGGAAAAGUUACAAAAGCGGUUUACUAUGGCGGCUUCGUGAUAUCCAUUGCAAUGGAAGCGAUUCUCGACCGUCAAGUUAGGAGCUUUGCUGGGACAAUACGGGAUUUUUACUAGGAGUUAUCCAACACCCAAGCGGACACAGGCAACAAAGACCUGUCUCUUGCUUUGGCCUUUUUCUAUACCUAGUCUUCAACCUUUCCUUUUACCGUCGACAUCAGGAUCCUGUACCGAUAGUCUAGACUCGUCACACACACACACACACCAACAGACCCCGUGCAUAAAAGCAAGUUUACUUCA